AUGUACCAGGCACUGCAAUCGCCCAUCAGCCCUGGCGGGUGGGCCAAGGUCAACCGACGCCGCAUAUUCUCUUAUCCCUCCCUUGGCCGCUACUGCUUCGUCGCAUGCUGCCUCACACUACUCUUCUCCUCGCUGCUCCUUUUCCGCUCAUCUGAGACUGCCACUCGCCUCAUCCCCCCUUCUCUCUCAGAUAUUUCUCCGCCGUGGCGGAAACCUGCCACCGACUCCGAGCUGCUCGACAUCCUCUCCGACGCCGCCAGUGCAGGGCCCCACCCCAUCGACGAUCUCAUAGCAGAUGCCCGUCGCGCCCAGGAGGACCUGCUUAAGCAAAGGUCGACCGACCUGAGGAGUGCUGCCGCCCGUUAUCGUGUGCGCAGGGGCAGGCACCCGCCGCCCGGGUUCGACAAAUGGGCCGAGUACGCCCUGAAGCAUGAUGCCGUCAUCGUGGAGAAGUUCUUCGAUCGCAUCUACCAUGACCUUCAGCCCUUCUGGGGCCUCGACGCCAGGGAUACGGCCCGCAGGGCUGCUACGUCGGAGCAUGUCGUGCGCGUGAGGGACGGGAAGGCGAUGGGGGUUGGGGAUACCGAGGGCAGGGUGCCUUGGUUGCAGCUCUGGACGGAUCUGGUCAAGGAGGUUGAGCAGUUCCUGCCAGAGGUUGACAUGCCUAUCAACUACAAGGAUGAGAGCCGGAUACUGGUGCCCUGGGAGGAGAUCAACGACCUAGUGGAGAAGGCAAGGAUCUGGAGGAAGGUCAUACCAGUUGAGGACGUCAUCAAGGACUACAAGGGGCUGUCGUGGAUGCACAUCGACAAGGAGCUUCAUGCCUAUCAACCGCAGUGGAUCACCCAGGACUCGCCAAAGUACUGGGACCUGGCCAGAGUUACCUGCUCACCAGACUCCCCGGGCCGCAACGUCAGCGCACUGACCGACUUCUCCUUGCCACCUGCUUUCCCCGAGGACUGGGCUCCAGAGUAUAGCGAGAACGGCUACGUCAAGAAUUUCACUGCCGCCUCCGAUCCCUGCCUGCAGCCCCACCUCCGCGCCCUGCACGGCACCUUCAUCGAGCCGCUCAGCCUGUCCACGACCAAAGAGCUCAUUCCCAUGUUCGGCGGGAGCAAGCUGCCCAUGAAUAACGAGAUCCUCAUUCCAGGCGCCAUGUAUCUCACCGAGGACCCCUUCUACUCAGGCGGCGCGUCCCAUGGCCCGACCUGGGACAAGAAGACCACCAGCAUCACCUGGCGCGGCGUCGCAAGCGGGGGCCGGCAUAAGGAGAGCAACUGGAUGCACUUCCAGCGCCUGCGCCUCAUCGAGAUGCUCAACGGCACCACCGUGUCCAACAUCGAGCGGAACGGGGCGAGGGCCAUGACCUUUGACAUGCCCCCGCUGCACACGUACGACUUCCCGCGGCGGCGCGAGGGCACGCUGGGCCAGUGGCUGUCGGAGCACUCGGACGCGGGCUUCAACCACCUGAUCUGCUUCCCGCGCGACGGCAACUGCACGUACCUGGCGCCCUACUUCCGCGAGGUCGAGUCCAAGCCCAUGGCCGAGCAGUACGUCAACAAGUUCAUGCCCGACGUCGACGGAAACUCGUUCAGCGCGCGCUACCGCGGCCUGCUUCUCAGCAGCUCCCUGCCCAAGAGCACCGUCUACGCCGAGUGGCACGACGACCGCCUCCAGCCGUGGCUGCACUUCGCGCCCAUGGACAACACCCUGCAGGACCUGUACGGCAUCCUCGACUACUUCACGCGCGACGAGAAGGGCGACGCCGCCGCGAGGAUGAUCGCCGAGACGGGCAAGAGCUGGAGCGAGAUGGUGCUCAGGAGGGACGACAUGCUGCUGUACGUGUGGAGGCUCUUGCUCGAGUUCGCCCCGGGUCUGUGA